ACUAGGCUGGAGAGAAGCACUACCAUCCCUCAUGUGCCCGCUGUGCCCGCUGUGAGCAGAUGUUUGCAGAGGGAGAAGAAAUGUACCUGCAAGGCUCCUCCAUAUGGCACCCCCCAUGCAGACAAGCAGCCAAGCAGGAGGAGAAGAGCAAGAAGCAGGUCCGGAUCCAGCUCACUGAAGUCCCUGAGCAGCAGGUGACCCGGACCUCCUCUGAGAGCAUCACCUCGGUCCCAGCCUCCAGCGCCUCAGGCUCCCCCAGCAGAGUCAUCUAUGCCAAACUCGGAGAGGAGAUGCUGGACUACAAGGACCUGGCAGCCCUCCCAAAGACCAAGGCCAUCUACAACAUUGACCGGCCAGACAUGCUGUCCUACUCUCCGUAUGUCAGCUUCCCGUCUGAGGAGAGGCACUACGGAGAGUCCCCACAGCUGCUUCCUUCUACCCCUUCUGAGGGCGAUGGGGAGAAGUCCCCCCGUCAGCGGAGGCCCUCCAGCCCCAGCUCUAACAGCUCUCUGGGGGGCUACGGACGCUACACCCCGUGCCGCUCCCCCCAGAACUACAGCCGUCCAGGGCCAGAGGUAAGCCUUGUGGGUAGACCCAGCAGCCAGGCCCGAGACUCCAGCUCUCUCCCCCUGCCUCCAACCCUCAUGGGGGCCAUUAGGUGCCCCUCCACUGUGGCCAGGGACUCACCUUCUGUCCCUGCUCACUGUCCUGCUGGGGCUGAAGAGAGUGGGGGUGGUGAUGGCAAGUUGUCGCCCAUACCAGUAGUGGGCAGUGCAGGCUUGUCCUAUCACCUGAACCCCACCACCCUGGCCAUGCUGCAGCAGCACAACUACAUCCCUUACUUCAGAGGCAGUGAGAGUGGGCGGAGCACCCCCAGCUUAUCCACCUAUUCUGAUGGCAAAUCCCCUUCCUCUACCUCGACAUAUGUGGCUGCACCGCGGCAUUUCCACGUUCCAGAGACUCUGGUCAAAGAUAAUAUCUAUAGAAAACCCCCAAUCUACAAACAGCAUGCUUCUAGAGCAUCCUGGCAGGAUGGGGAGGAUAGUAAGAGGACCAGUUGGAUGAUUUUAAAGAGUGAGAUAGAUGGCCAGAUGGGCCCCGAGGAGCUGGACCCCUGCAAGUCCACCUGCAGUCUGCCCACUGACACCUCGCAGCCCAAUUUCCCCUACAAUAAGACUGCAUCAUUACCUGGCUAUGGAAGGAAUGGCAUCUACAAGGCUGCUGAGAUGAUGGAGGAUGAAGUGGACCCAGACUCCCAAAGCUGGGGAGGCAUGAGAG